AUGCAUGCACACAGUGAGAUGUGGGAACGACGAGUGCAAUGCGAGCAGCAGCAGCAUCGCAGUCGUUUUGUGCCCUGCACUUUGCACACACGCGCCCCACUUCUGCGGGGAGGGGCGAGCGUCGUGGCGGGGCGCGUGGCCGGGGCCGCAGAAUGCGGUGCCGGGGGUUCAUUUGGCUGCGCCGGCAGGGGGGCGGUGGGCGGAGUGGCGAGGCCGCCCCGUGCAGUGCGGCUGCCCUGCCCCGGCUGCGUGUGCGGUGCGUGGGUGAGUGCGUGCGGGUGUGCCCCGCAUCUUGUGCGGGCUGCGGUGGCCCUUGCUCUUUCUCUUUCUCUCUUGCUGAAUGUGGCUGAGUGGGGCUCGUGUGUGACUAUUUUCUUUGUCUCUCCCCCUCUCAUUCUCCUUUUGACUGACGGUUGGUGUUCGGCUGCAGCUCAAGCCAACAGCCACUACAAGUAA